AGGUACCGUACCAUACGCUACAUACUGUGUUCAAACUUGACGGUAAGGUAAAAGUGGUACUAACCGUUACCCACCGACCAAUAAUUAUACGUGCGUAACCCCCCGAGCGGGUCUCAAUGGUGGUUCCAGUUGUUCCUCUCCCCUGGACAAUGAUGAUCAUCAGAGUUAAGUCCUCGGGACUUGCACAUUGAGGAGAAGUACACUUUGUUUUUCCCUAGGUAGCAGAUCUUGUGCCGGAGCCUCGGGGUAGGAACUACUAGUUAUGGGUACUGUUUCGACUGCCCUCCCUCAGAUUCUGCUAUUCUCCUCCUAACUCUAACAUUACAUCCUUAAUCAUGGCUGCCCAUUCUGAGAAGGGGCGUCGCUAUAUUGCUGCCUUGGACAACGCCCGUUGUCAGAACAAGUGGGAUGAGAUCCCCGAACUCAUUCGCAAAGUGACCAAGCAUGCACCUCAGAAGACUUGCUUGUUAGAGGUAGCCUCUGCUGAAUACCAGGUCGCCUUACACUCCCCGCAACGGCCAUCAUCUGCCCAAUCUUCCUCCGCUUCCACAUCCUCGGCGUUGCCAGAACUUAUUCACCACCUUUUGUCUACCGUUGAAAAGGCAGAUGGCCCUCCACAAGAUAUUUUUCAAGCUCAAGUUUGCCUAGGAUGGGUACACUGGACACUCAAUGAACCGGGGUUGGCAGCGGCGCGUCUCCCGGGUGACUUCGAUGAGACAGUUCAUAAGCUCACAGGCACUGGAGAGGAGCUCUCGUCAUGGACUAAAGUAUGCAUUGCCAAGGCAUGCUAUCUCAAAGGUGCCGGGCAACACAAAAUAUCCGGAUCCGCCAACGCACUGGACACUCUUCAGUCACUUACUGCAUGGUUGAACAGUCACAAUGAGCUGUCUUCAGAUAGCCCCCAAUUUUUACACUGGUCUGAGCAACUCGCGUCGGAAAGCGCACUGGUCGCUAGCACGGAAGCUCUCAGGACUAUUCCCGUGGCUGACGAAGCCCUCAUGCAGACCGCGCUGAGACUCCUUCGGGCGUGGUCUGCUCACCCACAUGUUAAACAAGGGCCCUUGCCUCAUACCGACAACUUUGACGUUUGUACACCAAGGCAUUUAACAUGGAAGUCAUACUAUGACCUCUUGUCAGCCACCCUGCAACAUGAUUUAGCUUACGUGCCACCGGCAAGCGGGCCAGAACGCCAGCAGCUUGCAGCUGAAAUACGGCGUGUGGAGUCGAUGUACGAGAGUAGCCUCCUGCGUGAGACGAAAUUCCCUACGGCAUAUGCCGAAAACACACAAAUCGAAGACUGGGUGGAGCAAGUAAUCACGAACUGGCAAAUACUCUGUGGACCUCAAUGGACCGACGAAGAUCUGGGUGAAGGGGGCCAAAACGCAGUGGGCAGAAAUGUCCUCGAUAUCCUGUAUCGUGCUGCUACCAAAACAUACCAUUCCCACUUGAUACUCCGGCGCCUGUUUCACGUUCACUCAGCAUUGGCAGACUUUGACCUCGCUCUAAAGGCUCUUGAUUCGUAUAUUGAGAUCGUUGUGAGUGCGAAAGAAAGGGCGGAGAAGUCGGCACAAUAUGGAGAAUUAGAAAAUGAUGGCACCUUGUUGCGCACUCUCUCCGAGGGGGUCACUAUGCUGUGUUGUUUCGGCUCGGCAAAAGAAGCCGAGAAAGCCAGGGAGUUGACGACUCUCAUGAAGGAGUUUAUAAACAAGCAUGUCCAAGAAGUUGAGGGUGAUGACGAGGAGCAAGUAAAGCUUCUGAUCACAUCAGAUACAAGCUCAACUCACUCUCAGGCAGUGUCUCCUACUGACAUUGCUGCGGCUUAUAGAGGUGUUGGUAUAGGUCUUGCGGCCUGGGCUAACUGGACACCCGUGAAUGAAGAACGUAACGAUAUACGGUCUGAGGCCAUUGAUUAUCUGGAAAAGAGCACUGCGCCAGAACUAGAAGAUGAGGAUAACUACUCAUCUCUAUAUACGCUUGCUCUCCUUCUCGCAGAAGAUCGAGAUCUGGAUAGUGCGAUUGACUGUGUCAAGACAGCAUUGACAGCGAAGACACACCCAGGCACCGUCCAGGGGUAUUUUACGCGGGAACGGGACCUUGUUCCGCUAUGGCAUCUACUUGCCCUAUUAUUAAGUGCAAAGCAUGAUUUUGAUAUUGCUGAGCGCUCCUGCGAGGCUGCAUUUGAACAGUUCCCUGCCGCGGUCACGUCUCUAGCCCACCACGAGAGAAGACCACAAAAGCAACAGCAGGCCACCCAAGACCAGGUACACGGCGCUGGGUUACAACGUACCUUAAUCGAGGAACUUCGAGGCCGUGAGAAAGAACGUAUAAUCGAGACGCGCAUGACUCAGUUGGCGUUUGUUGAACUCCUGGAGGGCCCAGAGGCUGCUGUUAACCAUAGCGAUCAACUACUUGGACUAUUUGCAACUUUAUUCGGCAAUUUGGCCCUUGAAGCUGACGAUAAAAAAGCCUCCCAGACAGACAACCUCAGACCCCCAUCGAGCUCCGGUCAUACCGUGAAAAGUCUCCGCGGCAGUAUAUUUGGGAGGCAUAAAGGCCCGCGGGCACCAGACAGGCGGAUGCGAUCUGGAUCUGACCCUAAGACGGAUGGAAAUAGUCCUUCGGUAGUACCGAACGAGUCGGAUCAGGCGCCAACCAUUCAGGUCACACACGGGGAUAAACACGUUGGCCACGAGAACCCUCAAGACUCGCGGAAAUUGCGGAAACGCAGUAGCACCCUCAAAAAGGGAGAGAAUGCACCUGAUCCAAAUCAUAGUCACAUAAAUGGUGACGGACCCGUCACGAAUGGCGUGGGAGGUGUAGAGCAACCGAAUGGGGUGGAAACUCCAUCCCCAGACAUGGUUACUGCGGCAGUGUCUGCAAACAAGGAACAAAGUGGAAAGCAGCCCUUGCGACCUGUAGCUCACAACAUGAGCCAUACGAGACAGCCACCUCCCAUGGGUCACGCGAAGCAGCCGCCUGAACAGGAUGUUCGUCUGCCAACAUCAUAUGGGUUUGAUUCUCCAACUAAAGCGGUGACUAAGUUCCCGCUUGCCCAGGCCCAAAAGCAUGCCCUCUGUAUCCUCGUCAAAAUUUGGCUUCUCGUUGCUGGGCUGUAUCGGCGAGCAGCGUUGUUUGACGAUGCGUUUGAAGCGUGCGAGGAAGCUGCCAAGCAUGUUUCGCGGGUCGAAGCCCUUUGCGCAACACAAGAAUCCUCCGCUAGAUCAUUCCGAGAGCGUGGUUGGGGUGCUCCAAAGAGUGCCGAUGAACUUUGGGCCGACCUCCUAGCGGAACAGGCGUUCUUGUCGAAUGCUCAGUCAUACCCUCACAAAGCAAUGGAUCAGUUCGAACAAGCAUUAAUGCGCGACCCCGACCAUCCCAAAGCCACCAUUGGCCUGGCAAACCUUCUCCUUGAUAUCUGGGAUCAAAAGAUGCCGCUGCUGCCACCAGAGCCUGAGAUUGAACUUGAUAUGUCGAUGUUAAGGCUCGCGUCGCCCGAGAAGCAAAGCCCAACGGCGAGAAGGGCUGACGUAAAGGCCACAGGCAGACAAUCAUUCGCUGGAUCUAACGACACCGAACAUAAUCAAAUGCCACAUGCUAUCCAGGACGUGGAACCUAAACUUCUCAAUCGCAUCGCCGCUCGUGACAGAGCUUACGGUCUGCUUUCGGCCCUCACCAAACGCGGUAGUUCUUGGGACAACUCUGAAGCUUGGUAUACACUCUCCAGAGCGUACGAAGCCGAGGGGAAUACCGAGAAAUUGAGAGAGGUGUUGUGGUGGUGUGUGGAGCUCGAAGACCGACGGCCAAUCCGACACUGGUCUAACCUCGGUUCUGGUGUAUAUGUUCUCUAAAUAGCGAGAGUUUGCUUUCUUGUAAUUAAGCUUGUUGGAAGAGCAC